GAAGGAGGAGAGGGAGGAGAGGGAGGGACGAAGCAGAAGGGCGAUGAGAGAAAAGGCCUGUCGCUUGGUCUUGUGUGCGGAGAGUUCCAGAGUCUGCAGAGUUUGCAGGGAGUGCGUUGCUCAUGUUUGGUUCUCAUUUUGGUUGAUUGAGUCGUGGGUUACAUUUGGAAGACAGUGUGUGUGUAAAAGUGAGAGUGCGAGAGUGGAGGAUCGAAGGUGUGAGGAGUGUUUAAGUGGUGGUGGUGGUGUGGGUGAGAUGAGGGUGCGUUGAGAGGGAGAGAGGAAGAGGAGGAGGAGAGUGUGGUGCGACCCGGAGAGUGGGUUCCAGGGUUUGCGCCCGGUUGUCCGUGCAUGCGCAUGUUGUGGACAUUCAUUCACGAUGGACACGUGAAUUCGACCCCAGGGUAGUCCCCACCAGGGGAACCACACACAAAUUGGGUGCAGCAGCUGUGGAAGCGCAUGAUGAGCAGGACGCAUGCGUGGGUGGGCACUGGAUGUUGACGCUUCAAGCGGGACGUUCUCCAUGCGUGCAGGAUGAAGAGCAAGGUUAAGAGGAUAAAGAGGAUCAAGUGUUAGACUGUUGGAAAGGAUUUGGGAUUCCCCACUGUGGAGAGGUCAACCGUUGAGGGAGGGAGUGAAUGCUUGGAGGAGACGGUAACCAGGUUAAAGCAUCAACUACGUAGCUAGCCUUGGAUCGAUCAGUAAACCUUGGCGAAGAAACUAGUGAGGAAUUGUUCGAGGUUUUGGAGGCGAGUUUUUGGGAGCGGUUUCUUGAGAAAUAUCGAAGAGGGGCAGCACGUGCAAGGAGUUAGUGGUUCUACAUGCAGCCGCCAGACGAAGAAGAGUUUUGUACUAGGUAGAUGGCGUUUGUCGCCACCGCGGGACAGAAGCAGCUAGUGCCUGAGAGGGCCAUAAGAUCUUCUUCUUCCCUGGGGUACAGUAGCUUCGGGGAGUUGGCGCCAGGGGAUUCCGUCACGCAGCAGCAACGGGAGUUUCAGGUUGUGCACAGAUAUACCAUGGCGCAGCAGCACGCAGAAAGGGCUCAGUCCCGCCAUUUCGCACACAGCGAAGAUACUAAACCGUCCACACACGACUUUCUUUCUCUUUACGACAAAGGGUCACAGCAAGCGGAAAACGUGUCUAGUGCCGGAUUAUCUUCAUCACUCACCACACAUGAUUUUCUUCAACCAUUGGAAAGAAAUGGAGCCCGGCCAACGAGUAGAGACGCGCCCGUGCUACGUGAGAAACACUCAAGUGGAGAGAAUGGGCAGUCUCGUCACUCCACUCCGGGCCCGGGUGAACAGGCUCAUCCCACUUCCUCGCCUAAUUACGCAGCCAUCAAGGUCCCUUACACGGUGCCUCCAAAUUCUAUGCUUCGCAUGGUGGGUGAGGCUGAGGCCGUGCGUCAAGGCAGGAAUUAUCCCAUAGCGACUCUCUCGUCACGGGAGGAUCACAGCGGUUCUGAGACCUUCAAAGGCGUGGAGAUAGCCGUAGGCCCAGAAGCUGCUAAUGCACAAGAGAACCUUGCACAUUGGCCAGGUGUGAGAUUCCAAUUCGGUAUGCCACCAGAUUUAACCUUUACUGCAGGAAACCCAGCAGCGAAGAGUGUAGUUGAGAAUGGACAUCAGUUACUACCCACUAUGACCAAGCAUUGGGCACAAGCCGCCCAAGGUAUGAUUGAAUCCCCGAAACGACCCGCACGACCACCAUCCGACGAGGAUGAAGACGAUGACGAGGAUUCAUCUGAGCGGCCUAAAGUAAAUCGGAAAGAGCCAAUGUUGCGCAAAGGGGAUGGAGCACAGAGAAUGGAUUCGAAGAACGCAGAUUUAAGAGGUGUCACACCUAGGUCUAAGCACUCAGCCACUGAGCAACGGAGGCGUAGUAAAAUCAAUGACAGGUUUCAAAUGCUCAGAGAUUUGGUUCCUCACAGUGAUCAGAAGCGAGAUAAAGCUUCCUUCUUACUUGAGGUUAUAGAAUAUAUCCAAGUCCUCCAGGAUAAGGUACGGAAAUAUGAAACUGUGGAGCAAGGAAGGCAUCAAGAAAGACUCAAGUCUAUGGUCUGGGAUCUCUGCAAGCGAGGUGCGGCAGGAUCAGGAGACGAGACAUCUCAAAUCAAUGCGCUGGUCUUCGCCAAGGACCUCAACUCGGGAGUUAGGUCUGUAGAUAUCAAACCAGGAACAGAAGUACCCGCUGACCGUGUGCCACGUUCUUCUGAAGAGGCAGCACCCAUUUCUGAAGCUCAUUCGACUGGGGGCCUCAAUGCCCAACAGGCCUCUAGUCGUCCAGCUUGUAGCAUACACAGCUGUGUUUCAUCGUUAGGUGGUGAAAAAGAGAGUGCUACUGCUGUUACUGCAGUUGGAGUCCCUCUUCAGCAGGCCAUUCCAUCACCACAUGCCUUUCCCAUAGUCCCCUCCAAGGGGCAACGUGAGCAGGACAGUAACCGAGGCACACCUGCUUCAAAUUCAAAUGCUCCUAGGAAGGAGAAGACGAGUGAUAUGGACCUUGUGAGCUCUCGUGAGAAUGGGUAUGCUCAUGACACUACCCCAGAUCACCAGUUCGAAGUGAGGCCUCGCAUCUCUUCCGGCCAAGCUGACCAGAACUCUGACCAUCAACCAAAAGACCAUCAGAUGUCAGCUACAACAAUUGUAGGUAGAAUGGAUGGGGUCCAAGCAGGGCUGCUAUCCAGUGCUCCUAGGCAACCACAAGGAGGACCUCAACACAAAGAGGACGCAAACAAACACACAAGGCAUCCACAGACAAAUCAGAAUGAUCAUAUGGCUACUCGAGAUGGCUUUGCCGUUUUUCCUAAUAUUCCUCAACCUUUUCCACGUAUACAAGGAGGAGUCAUCAACGUGUCUUCUGUGUACUCUCAAGGGUUGUUGGACACUUUGACACGAGCAUUGCAGAGUUCCGGAGUUGAUUUGAGUCGAGCAAAUAUAUCUGUCCAAAUUGAUCUCGGGAAGAACGCUACAGUAGCUCCUGGUGAUACUUCAGCCAAGGUUGCUACAACGCCGGAGUCCUCCGCUCAAAGUCAUCAAUCUCAGGGCAGGACCCGACCAGCACCAUCAGUUCCAGAGUCUGAACCUGCACGGAAAAGGCCGAAGGUUGAGAAUCACGAAUAGCUGGAUGUCUUGAAUUUGAGAAUCAUUUGAUUACCACUUCAAGAGAAUUGUAUCGUACCUGGGCGUGAUUCAUGCCUCUGGGUUUUGAUCUACCUGACCCUAGGAUCACACACAGUUUUGUUGUGCCAAUGGCAAUUACGUCAGGAGGAUUCUAGAUUACGUUUUGAAGAUGGUUUUAGCGACACUCAUCUAUCAUCUGCCAGCACAGCAUCCAUAGCCUUGUAGUGGUCUUCUAACAGGGUGUAGCUAUUAUCUUCAGCAUACACGAAGCAUCAUUGUCUGCUUCGUAGUGGGUGUGGGAAGAUCGAAAAAGAUAGGUACUCCCUCUUGUGUGGUUUUGAUGACCUUGCAGGUAUUUAUUCCCUGCCAUCUGUAUAAUACAUCGAUAAUUUCUUGAGAUCA